CCCCAACCAAUACCGGUCAAUCUCCUCCCGUCAUGCCUCCCACAAAACGACAACCUCAGAACCAAAGGCAGCGACCUUUCAAAGUCCCUCGUCGUCAGACAGAUCCCGACACUGCGCCCUCCGAAUCCACCUCCGCCGCGGAAUCCUCAGCAGCAGCCGCCAAAUCGAAACCCCAGUCCAAAGCAAAAGCCAAACCCUUGAAAAAUGCCACCGCAUCCUCCUCCAAAUCCAAACCCACUCGUGCUUCGGCUUCCUCGUCCUCCCGCAAGAACAAAUCGCGCGCACACUCCGAAAGUCCCGUCGCAGAUGACGACGACGAUGCCGCAGCCGCUGCUGCCCUCGCCGCCGCCGCGGACACCGACCCAGACUCUGACGCCGGCUCAGGCCUCAGCGAUCGCAGCCGCAGUCAGAGUCGCGAGCGCUCGGCCUCCGGCGAACCGGACUUCAUCCUAGCGGAGAUCACCAACGGCGAGGAGUCCAACGACGUGACCCUCAGCGAGCCCGAGAUCCCACCGAAGCUGCUGACCCGGCUGCUGCAUGCGCAUUUCCAAAACCCCAAGACCAAGAUCGCCAAGGACGCCAACGCCGUCGUCGCGAAGUAUGUCGACGUCUUUGUGCGCGAGGCCCUGGCGAGAGCGGCGUAUGAGAGAGCUGAGGUUAAUGGCGAGGGGGCGUCGUUUGCGGAUGGCUUUUUGGAGGUCGAGGAUCUCGAGAAGAUGGCGCCGCAGCUUGUGUUGGAUUUCUAGGGUGAGGUUUCAGUGGGCAAGUAACAUUUGCAUGGUUGUGAUUUGAAUGGCGUUGUGUGGUUAUGGGGUUUCGGGUUGAUCUUUAUUUAUUUUAUUUUGUUUUCUAAGAUACCAGAUGUUGCCCGUUGAUGAUGCGAUGAAUUUGAUACAUUGAU